GGUAUACUUUGGAUAAUAAUGUGCUAAGCCUGGAACAGAGAAAAUCUUAUGAAGAAAAUGGAUUUCUUGUUAUUAAAAAUCUAGUAUCUGAUGCUGAUAUUGAACGCUUUAGGGUUGAAUUUGAAAAAAUCUGCAAAAAGGAGUCGAAACCAGCAGGACUAAUGGUCAUGAGAGAUGUGUCCCUUGCAAAAUCAGGAUACAUUCCAAGUGAGAAAACAAUCGUGAAGGUUCAGUAUUUUCAUGAGGAUAAGGAGCUCUUCAGAUACUGCACUCUCCCAGAGAUUCUGAAGUAUGUGGAGUGCUUCACUGGACCCAAUAUUAUGGCUAUGCAUGCAAUGCUGAUUAACAAACCUCCAGAUACGGGUAAAGGGCUCUUAUUUGUUAAACAGAGGGAAGACAAAAAGAUAGUUUAA